AGCGCCCGACCCGAAGGGCGCUGUUGUGCACGAGACGCGAGCCGCAUUCGACGCGUGAGGCAACACGGCGAUCGCGUAGCGCUUACCACCGCGGUUCACCUGCGGCGCGCAGUUACGAAGAAUCGUUUACGUCGCCGACCCGUCUCCUCCGGGAUAUCGCCCGCCUAUCGCUGCACUCGCUGUCACUUUCGCUGGAGCUCCCCGUGUGAGAUACCGCCGAUGCGAGCAGUAAAGCUUUGUGGAGGGACCCUUUGAGGCCUGAUGUGUGUUCGCGUCCCAGUGUAUACAUCUCGUCUCUUAUCGGCCCACACCCGAGGAACAAGAGGCACGAGGAUUUUCACGAGUGGGUACUGCGAUAUGCGCACAAACGACGCUGGCCGGUGACUCAUGGGAAGCCGGAAUCUUCGCUCGGCCAUGGAACUGUCGCAGCUGCCAGACGUUGCUAUCGAGAUGAAGCCGCAGAUAGUACCAGCCGCAGUGGAUGAUGGUCCGUACGGCAUCGACGCACCUGUGGCUCCAACAACCAUCAGCUGGAAGAAUCUCGUCUACAAGGUUCCUGAUGGAAAAGGCACGAAGCAACUGCUUCGCCACAUCAGCGGAAGCCUGCAUCCUGGAGAAAUGACAGCGGUCAUAGGCCCGUCCGGUGCCGGAAAAACGACGCUGCUCAACGCCCUUGCAGGCUUCCAAACCAGAAGUUUCGAAGCGAACCUCUUCGUCAAUGGCCAGCCGUUCAAGGAAAGGAGCUUCCGCAAGCUGAGCAGCUACGUCAUGAGCGGCGAGGACCUCCUGCAGCACCUGACCGUGCGCGAAACGGUGGACGCAGCGGCCAAGCUCAAGCUGCCCUCCGACGUUCCCUACAAGCAGAGGAGCGCUUUGGUGUCAAGAAUCCUCAAGCUGUGGGGCCUCGACAGCUGCGAAAAACGGCCCGUCAAGAACCUUUCCACGGGCCAGCGGAAAAGGGUCAUGCUGGCACAAGAGCUCGUGUACAGCCCACCGGUGCUGUUCCUGGACGAGCCCACGAGUGGCCUGGACAGCUCCAGCGCUCUGCAGUGCGUCCUGACGCUCAAGCAAUUCGCCCGGAAGGGUCACACGGUGGCGUGCAGCAUACACCAGCCAAGCUCGAGGAUCUUCCAGCUUUUUGACCGACUGUACCUAUUGGGGGACGGCUACUGCCUGUACCACGGCACCGUUCGGGACCUCCUCCCUACGCUGACAGCUAACGGUCUGCAAUGCCCUGCCUUCUACAACCCGGCAGACUUUUUGAUCGAAGUGGCUUCGGGGGAAUUCGGUGACGUUAAAGGCGAUCUCGUGCGCUAUGCUGAACGACACAACGAUGUUUUUUCUACCAAUCCUGCCCCAAAGUCACUUGCCAAUGGAGGAGAUCAUCUCAACGAACCACUUGCAGUAUUAGCUCCCUUGUUGAAGCAGGAGGACCACGGACUCGUGACCACUGCCUCGUGCUCUAUGCAGAUGAACGUUCUUCUGAAGCGCUCCUACUUAUCACUCAUCAGAAAUCCGAUGGUGUUCCACCUUCGGCUGGCCACACACCUGCUGGUGGGCGUGUGCAUGGGCCUCCUGUAUUACGACAUCGGUAACCGGGCGGACAGCUUCUUCAACAACGCCACGCUGGUCUUCUUCAGCGCCAUCUUCCUCACCUUCACCGGCAUGAUGCCCGUCGUCCUCAGCUACCCUCUGGAAGCUGCCGUGUUCACUCGAGAGCGGAACAAUUCGUGGUACACGCUGAAAGCCUACUACUUGUCCAAGAGCAUCGUAGAACUACCUUUCCAGGUCGCCUACCCCACAUUAUUCGUGGCCAUCGUCUAUUGGAUGACAUCACAGCCGCCAGAGAUGAACCGCUUCGUGAUGUUCUUAUUUCUCUCCAUCCUGCUGACCCUGGUCGCCCAUUCCCUCGGCACGCUCAUCGGUGCCUUCGCAAGCGUACAGGUCGCCGUAUUCCUGGCGCCCGCCGUCGCCAUUCCGAUGCUUCUGUUCAGCGGGUUUGUGGUCACGCUGAAGGCAAUGCCCAGCUACCUGCACUGGAUAUCCUACGUGUCAUUCGUGCGAUACGCGUACGAAGGGUGCAUCCUCAGCGUGUACGGAUUCGACAGGCCCGAACUGGAGUGCAACGAGCAGAAGGAAGGUGCCGUGCCGUGCCUGUUCACGGAGCCCUCUGAUUUCGUCAGCUUCUUGGGCCUCAACGUGGUCAGCGUAGAAGUGUGCGCCGGCGCACUCAUCGUGUUUGUGGUGCUCCUCAACGUGGCCACCUAUGCGGCGCUCAAGAUGAGAGUUAAGAGGACGUUUUAAGAAGCGAGAGGUAAUUGAAGCCGGAAAAUCUCGAAUGCCUGGCACGCGAAGUUCGUUGUUGCGCGUACUGUGGACAUUCCGCCAGAGCAGUGGGUGCUUCUGAACGGACGAUGACUAUACGAGCGACUUCAGAGAGAACUUGUACGAACGCAGCGUGUGUGAGAGUAGACAUUUCCGUGUGUGUAUAUGUGUGCGUGUGUGUGUGUGUGUGUGUGUGUGUGUGUGUGUGUGUGUGUGUGUGUGUGUGUGUGUGUGUGUGUGUGUGUGUGUGUGUGUGUGUGUGUGUGUGUGUGUGUGUGUGUGCGCGCGCGCGUGUUGCGGGGUCUCACUCGUGCUCUUGGGACAAAGAAAUGACAACACAGUAGUGCAAAAAAUCUCAAGGGCAUUUAUUGCACCUUCCAUACGCCAAUGCCUGCUGGCCGAAUUGCUAUCCACAGAACAGGCCGACGGGCGCGCGACAAAUCUAAGAAGUGCGACUCACCGCGGCUGGAUAUCGAGCGAGUAAGUUCGCCCCAUGCUGGACACCAACGCCUGGUCGUUCGCGUGUACGGUCUUGUGAACAGUGGUGGAUUCGAACAAUCGUGUUCGUCUAUUCCACGGUCCUGCUCCUAGGCCUCGCAAGACGGUCUUGCAGAAGCAUGGACUGGCGCAUGCGCGGAACGUCCGCGCCGCUCGCCGAACCUGAGCCAAACAGGAACAGCUUUCUCCCUUUUUCGCCCAAGCAACCCCACCGUUAGGUGGCGUGACAACGCAACACUCGCGCCAUCUCUCGUACUACUCUGCAACCACACCGACUGGCCCCGUAAAGCCAAGCUGUGAAGCCGGAUUACUGAAGACGGCAGCCAUGCGGUGAAAACAACAUCAGGGGACGCGUGAGAGUCGAGCAUUCCCACAGUAUGCGUGCGUGUGCGUGUGUGUGUAUGGGUGUGUGUACGAGACAUGAUUUCACUACAUCUCCGGCACAACAAUGAUGCCAAGGACAAUGCAGUGGACCAUUCAAGGCCGUGGUCGCUGGUACGACCCUCGGUGCAGUUUACUGCAUUUCAGCAUAUUCUUGCAGUGGCUUUCUUUUUUCUAUAAUAUGCACGGGUGUACGAAAAAAAAUCCAGAAGUCUAUGUAAAGAAAACAUGUGCCUAUAACGAGAGAUAAGGUAAAUAUAGAAGACUUGGCACAUGUGCGCCGCAAAACAGGAAGAAACACAAGUGCGUUUUUAAAGGCGCUAUCACUGUGCAGAGAAGGCUUGCAUGAUAGCCGAGACAAUACUAUCGCGCUCGCGAUAAGGAAAUGUGCAUGUUGUCUCAGUGCUAUCCGAUGACUGUGCCUUACCUUGCUGUGUAUUGCUUUAUAUAACUUCGUGAAAACCAUGUAACCGAUCAAAGACAUUAUCCGAGUUCAGCUGCACGUUUUCCCCCUUUGUGCGCGCACUGUUAGCCGUCGCACGAGCCAUGUAAUCUGUAUUAUCGGCAAAUAGCACUUAAUUAUCACACAGGAAAGGAGAGAUAUGGGGACAGACAAGAGGUGAAGUGUUCCUUGAGUAUCCGCCCUUUUGUGCGUUAAUGCGCUAGUCGGCAAUAACGAAUCAUUCAUUCCAUCGAGUCACAUCGCGCACGUUAAUUUCACGCUCCCGCCACAUAGCAGGAAAAUGCGCCUCAAGACUGGAACACCAGCCUCCAAAAUCAGGUAUUUCAAAUUUUUCUGAAAUAAUUUUACGCAAAGAGGAGCUAAGUCGAUAAAGACGAGACACACUGUAGAUAAUUCACACACGUCACGUGAUAAGAAGUCUAUGCGUCACAGGAUGGACAAAGCCCAUUUUAGUGCAAAUUAUCUUUGAACGUUUGGUUGUUAAAGAUUUCACGCUACCACAGAAACAUUAAAGAAAGGGCGUCGUAUUUUUGAGCCUGCUUAAAAUCGCCCUUUUCCAGAUGAACUUUGUAACCAGAAUAGCAUCGCAAUGUGCUACAUGGGCCGCAGUUGUUCACCAUAGCCAGAACGUUCUCCUGUCUGACACAUUAUCGAACUGGUCAUUUGCAUAUGAGAUUACGCUGUUAAAGCGAAAAUGCGUUCCUGCAAGAACGAAUUUCAUCGAAGGUUGGAUGAGCGCUCGUGUGGUCGGGAAUGAACACGGCACAAGAAAGUCGCGAAGCUGCGGCCAAAUAAAAAUCGACCUUAUUUUUCUUA